UCAGAAAAUCAACUAUUUGAAGUUCCUUUGGUUGUUCUUCUUCUAACUUUCCCCUGGAAGUUGGAAUCGUCUGUUUCUGCAUUUGGACCAGGGAGGACAGAGAUCUUCUCUGGAGGAAGAUCUCAGAUUAAAAGUUUCUUUAACUAUUGAUAGGGAGCUGCAUAUUUCUGAAUGCUUCUCCUUCUCUCUCCUCUCUCUGAAUAUUGGGACACACCUGAGAUGAGAAUCUGCAGUUGGCUCUGGGGAACCACCUUCAGCGUGAUGCUCCUCAUCCUUCCUGGAACAGCUCAGUACGAGGAUGGGAGUUUGGUUCCAGGGCGAGGCUCCUGCCAGCCCAUCUCCAUCCCCUUCUGCACAGACAUCGCCUACAACCAGACCAUCAUGCCCAACCUGCUGGGUCACUCCAACCAGGAAGAAGCCGGCCUGGAGGUCCACCAGUUUUACCCACUGGUCCAAAUCCAGUGCUCUGCAGAGCUGCAGUUCUUCCUGUGCACCAUGUAUGCCCCGGUGUGUACAGUGCUGGAGCGGGCCAUCCCGCCCUGCAGGUCUCUAUGUGAGCAGGCUCGGCAGGGCUGUGAGGAGCUCAUGAACAAGUUUGGCUUCCAGUGGCCCGACAGGCUGCGCUGCCAGAACUUCCCUCUCCAUGGAGCUGGAGAGAUCUGUGUGGGUCAGAACACGAGUGAUGCUGAAGGCUCUGCCUCCGAGCUUAUCCCGGCCACAGUCCCUCCCCUUAUAUGGAGCGACCGUCCAUUCUCCUGCCCCGUGCAGCUUCAGGUGCCCCCCUACCUCGGGUACUACUUCCUUGGGGCCAAGAACUGUGGUGCCCCCUGUGAGCCGUCCAAACCAGGUGGACUAAUGUACUUCAGUGAGCAGCAGGUAAAGUUCAGCCGGCUCUGGGUUGGAACCUGGUCCAUUUUGUGCUGCCUCAGCACUCUCUUCACCACACUGACCUAUUUACUGGACAGAGGGAGGUUCCUCUACCCAGAAAGACCCAUCAUCUUCCUGUCUGGCUGCUACUUCAUGGUAGGAAUGGCCUACAGCGCCGGCUUCCUGCUGGGGGACAAGGCGGUGUGUGUGGACAGGUUGAAGAAGGACGGCUACAGGAUGGUGGUCCAAGGUACGGAGCAGGACGUCUGCACUCUGCUCUUCAUUGUCGCCUAUUUCUUCAGCAUGUCCAGCUCCAUGUGGUGGCUCAUCCUGUCCUUCAGCUGGUUCCUAUCUGCUGGGAUGAAGUGGGGCCAUGAGGCCAUCGAAGCCAACUCUCAUUACUUUCACCUGGCAGCCUGGGUGCUUCCAGCGCUGAAGAGAGAGCUCUGA